AUGGCCAAUAAACUCUCGGCCGCUGAGAGCCACUAUUUCACCAGUAACCCGCCGCCCAAAGACCUCCGCACCACUACUACCCUCACACGCGAGUUCGUACGCCGCCAUGCUGACGACGGCCGUCGCGUCGUCCUCGUCACCUCGGGAGGCACCACGGUCCCUCUAGAGCUACAGACUGUGCGCUACAUUGACAACUUCUCCGCCGGCACGCGCGGCGCCACGAGCGCAGAGUUCUUCCUCGAGCAUGGCUAUGCCGUCAUCUUCCUGCACCGCCGCUUCUCCCUGUUGCCCUUUUCGCGUCACUACUCGCACAAUGUCCGCUCCUUUCUCGACUUCAUGCAGGAGGAUGACGGACGCGUCGUCGUCGACUCGCAGCAUCAGGAAGAGAUGCUCCACGUCUUCCGACAGUACGCCCAGGCCAAGCAGGACGGCAAGCUGCUCAUCCUCUCCUUCGUCACCAUUUCCGAGUACCUGUGGAAUCUGCGCGAGGUUGCCCAGCUCAUGCGUCCGCUAGGCUCCAAUGCCCUCUUUUAUCUCGCCGCUGCUGUGUCCGACUUCUUUGUUCCCUACGACCGCAUGGUCGAACACAAGAUACAAUCCAACGAGGAGUUUACCCAGAACCCCAUCAUGGGAGACACGGCUGCUCAGACCAAAGGAAGUGCUGUACACACUCAAGGUAGAAGCUUGAUUAUCGAUCUCGAGCCCGUGCCCAAGUUCCUCAAGCAGCUCGUCGAUGGCUGGGCGCCAGAGGCCAUGAUUGUCAGCUUCAAACUCGAAACCGAUCCCAAGAUGCUCGUCAAGAAGGCCGAGUACUCACUCAAGAAAUACUCCCAUCAUCUAGUCAUCGGCAACCUACUCACCACCCGCAAGUGGGAGGUCGUCUUCGUUUCUGCCGAGGAGGGCUUGAAGUGGAUACGCGUUCCUUCCCAUCGAAGGGCCAAGAGCUUCUCCGGCGUCGAAUCUCUGGUCGGCGCUGCUGAACUUGCUGCUGAACUUGCUGCCAAGAAGGAUGAAGGCAAGCAACCAACCGACUUUAUGGAACAUGUCCCGCAUGGCGAACCUGCCGUGGAGAUAGAAUCCAUGAUCGUUCCUGAGGUCGAGGCAUUGCACACGAAACUCAUAAAAAAGGCCCAGCAGAAAAAGGUGGAACAGAACGGCGCGUAG